GGCUGUGUUCUUCGAACCAGAGAAACUUGGUUCUAUGAAUCAAGUAUUUAUCAUGUCAUUGUACCUUGGUACAUGACAAUUGGUAUCAGACUUCAUUCUGGGACCUAAAUCAUGACAAUCGGUGAGAAACAUACCGUUAGCAGUGUUCAUACCAUUGCUCAGGAAAAUUCAAUUGCAAUACAAGAAAUUCGUGAACAAUUGAAUGUUCUCACUGCAGAAGAAGUUACUGCUGAGGCUAAAACGAAUGAUAAUUUCGAUCGUAUCUUCAAAGCCUUACAGACCCUACUUCCUCCUUCAACUGAAGAACAAUCUGAGACAACGGUAGAUCCUCAACCAGAAGAUUCAACCAAAGGAGAUAAAAAAACUCAUGAGACUGAUGAGAUGUCAACUGGAGUCCCAAUCGGAAAAGUCCAGCAGUUCCCAGAUAAUGCCGUAAAUGAGUUCGACAGGAAGAACCAGAUCAAAUUGGUUCCUCCAUUGUCGCAUCCUUGGCCUGGUGAUGGUGAUUCUGUGGAGUUUGUUGCGGAAGUUGCAAUGAUUCUUGCUAUAAUGUUGCAUGUAGGGUACAAGCGCUGGAAAUUCAGAUUGGUGUCCAUUGCUUUCUGCAGCAUAGGAAAUGGUAUUGGUAUUAUUUGUAGUAGGUUAGUGUUUGAUAAAGUACUAAAAGUACAGCUCACUGAGAAGGCACCUGAUUUAUUUGUUCCCCUGCACGUGGUGCCGACAACGGACUGUCGUUGGACACUUUUCAUCUUGAUUGCAGUAUAUUGUCAUGCUCCUUAUUGUGUACUGCUGAGUAUUCAUGGGGAUAGUAAUGAUAGCAGAGAUCUGAAUAUUGAGAUGUCAUAGAGACUUAUUCUUGUGCUUUCGAUUCUUUCGAAAAAGUCAGGAAGUUCCUUAGUAGUUAUCUGCACAUUUUUUCCCUGCCUGGUAUUUUGCUCCUUGUUAUAUCUUUGGGAAUGAUACUAGUCGCACCGGAGCUUCGGCAACUUAUAAAAAGGGUAUCAGGCACUGUACAGGUCAAGGGAGUACUACCACGUGGAAAAUACUUUGAGAAUUAUAAUUUUACUUUAGCUGACAAGGGAGCAACACUUCUUAUCCAAGAAUUUAUACAAGAGUUUUCAGUUACCAAGGGUGUCUCAUUUUCUCUCUCACAUCGAUUUUGGUCUCUUGCAUGUGAUUCAUCAACAUAUAAAGGAGAUAGUGGAAAAUACAACAAUGGCUUGACAUCUUCGUAGCUGCACCACCAUGCUCCAAAACAACCUUGUGUAACUGAAGUGCCGACUGACCACUCAUCCUUGAGGACAAGGAUGUUUCGAAGGGGAAGGGAAUGUCAUGUACCUAUUAUGUGUGAGAGAGUGCUCCUUAUCGUUCAUGUAUCUGUCUUUAGUAAUAUUAGUAUUUAGUAGUUAAGAGUACUAGUUAGCUUAUUAGUGAGUGUCUUUAUAAAUUGUAAGGGUGUGGGCAAAUGUAACCACCUGGAGGCUGUGUAGCCGUUGGAUGCUAGGUAGUGAGU